AUGCCGAUCUUCAGUUCUUCUCGCCUGACAAUUGCGAGCGCAACUCUUUUACUGCUUGCAACAAGCGCAAACCCCCAGAGGCGAUAUACUCAUCUGCCUCCUCCGUAUGCGAACGGGUACGAAUGCCGUCCACUGUUGAUCCGCAGAGUCAAGUACACCGAAUACCUGACAGCUCUGGAGCUUUUCAGAGAGUCUGUCUCUCUCAACGUUGUGAGGUUGCGGUCCUGCAGAGAAGGGGACGAGAAACAUGAGAAACGACGUCUCCCGAAGAUCAUGCGUUCGGAGCGAAAUGCGGUGAAACGUAACCCGGACGUCUGGCUCUUGGAUCUUCUGCCAAUAAUGCAGGAUCCCGGCCUGUCGGGCCGGAAGUGCAAGAAAGAGAGAAAUGAAAACCUAUCAGAUAAUCAGACCAGCGUCCGGCGGCCAGCCAAGAGGGGGUUUCUAGGAAGAAAAGAAGCCGACUUUGCUUCUGAUAAAGCUCAGGGAAGGGGACGGGGGUGGUGGAGGCCCCAGACUUCGGAGUACAUGGGACCUAGGCCUAAUACUCCGCAAGGCGAGAGAAAAAGAAAGCAGAGAACGAGACGGCAGCUUUGUUGGUUCAAAGACCAAGUGUUGAUCCCUCCCCCCUCCCCUGGUGAGGCUGGCUGCCCUCUCUGCUGUUCACCGACCGCUCACCUGGAGAAGUCACCCCAUUACCCUGAAUCCUCUGCUUCGGUGGGAAACUCACCGAGCGGCGAGGUCUCCAACCCCAAUCCUGAUUCAUCGCGUAGCCGGCCACGAAGCCCUUCCCGUUCGAUUUACCCGACAGAGCACCACCCCCUCCUCGGCACGGCAGAAGACGAGGAAGAAAGAAAGAAAGAAGAGAAGGGAAACGGACAAAGCCGCUGUUGGAUGAAAACAGCAGUCAACGACAUGCAUCUUCCUUUCCGUCGCUCUCUCUCCCUCUCCUCUCCUCCUCUCCCGUCCCUGCUACUUCUCAUUGCUGCUCGAAACCCCCUCCCCCGAAUGGUACCCGGCCCCUCCUCCGGGUGCACGGACUGGAUGCCGGGUCCAGCUCCCGUUUUCCGUGGGGCUCGGACUCUCUUGACGUCUGGUCCUCCAAUACCUCGGUGUCUCUCCGUUCCUCAAUGCUCCUCUAUUACGGAAAACGACCAGAAUGCCAACCACUUCCUCGGUAUGCAUACGGUCCUUGAGUCGUGUUUUGUGGUUUUCUCGCUGUAUUCGUACGUGCGCCCGUCCCAAAAAGACAUGUCAUUAUACGCCCUCUUUUGCAUGGAGCACCGAGAUGCCCCUCCUCCUACCUGA